CGAAAACCACCUGCACCCAACAGGCCUUAUUGGCCGGAGCGUCAUAUGGCUGGACUUAAACAGCCUCACAAAUAGUCAUGUUUUAUCCUUGGAAGGGUCUUUCGGAGUGGGCCCCUUUUGAAAUCGAUGCUCUCGGCCUGCUGACGCUGUUAGGUGCGAAUGAGGUGGAUAUAUCUGUUGGUCGACUUGCGCCUAGCUAUUGGCUUGAGUAUAUGCCCCUGCUUGCUGGAUAUGUGUUUGCAGGCGACAGAUUCCGUGCCAAACAGCCAGCAUUCACGUUAUACAACGUCUCCAGCGGGAUUGUGACGGGGAAUCUAGCAGCAUGGUUUACCAGGUGGAUGCAAGCGCAAGAGUUUCAUGUCUCCCGGAGCCUGGUCUACUGGGAAGUCAACAAGCUAUUGCCCCCACAAGUUGACCAAUGGUCCUACGUGCUUGUUCCGGCCUUGAUCUCAGGUGCGCUCACAAUGUUCCUCCUUGCGAUGACGAUUCUGUCUGGGGACUGGUACGGCUUUGCGAACGCGAUUUCCAUUAUCGUACUCGUCCUUGUCCGCUCUUACAUGAUCCACGUGAACCGCAAUGCAAUUAACAGAUCUGUUGCUGCCGCAAAACCACUUCCAUCAACCUAUACAAGCGCCCUCGAGAGAUGGGAAGAGCAACGGAAGAAAGACCCGAAGGCGCCACGACCCCUACCGGACUCCUCCUCCGCCUCCCCUCCACGGUGGCGCCCGGAGGUAGUGAAAAUCCUGGUUGUCAUGCCUGACUCACGGGCCAUCACCAUGUUCAUUCCCGAGCAUCUUCUUCGUGGGGUGUUUGUCACCGAGACCCCUGUCCUCUCCCCCGGCAUAUAUCGCAUCGCACAAUGGAUCGGAUGGGUGGCAUUUACUGUCCAUGUCGUCACACUAGGCAUGGCGCGCCUCGCAACCCAGCUCUACGUGAUUGCGUUUACAGUGAUUCCAACCGUGUUGAUCUGCUAUGGCUUCGGAUGCAACGACUCCCGGGUACAUAAAGCGUGGUGUUGGCUCCGGGGACAGGACGCCGGGCCCUAUAUCUACCAGGCCGGGCCUGAGCUGAGUGCGACUGUGUUUGAGUGGCCUGAAGACGUCGAGUUCGCUACAGACAGCAACGGGAUAUUGCGCAGGUGGGAUGCGCCUGCGCUCCGCACCAACGGGCUGGGUUGUAAAAAGCGAUCGACAGCACGGCAGGAUUUAUAUGCUUGGUUGAAUCUCAGCAGCGAGGAGCAGAGGAGCCUUUGGGACUGGCAUUUGCUGCCUCACAGGCGGGGCCACGAUGAUUCGUGGUGGGAUGCAUUCAACGAGAAGAAGCGGUUGAUUAGCGAGCGGCCUCCGGAUAUUCGGGCGCUGAAGGACCGGAUUCGGUGUGAUUUGGAAGCAAGGCGGGGUGGACGUUGGUUUUUAUGGAGUGGGUCGAGAAUUAAGGGAGAUGUUGAAAAGGGGCCCAGUUAAACAAACGAGACCGAGAAGAGAAGCCUGCCUUACGGUUGAGGAGAGCGCCAGAGCGGUGGCCUCGUUGGAGCCGCCUUUUUGAGGCCGUUGAUCAGGAACUUGUGACACUUAAGACCGAGCAAGAUGCUUUAGCAGAUCGUUAAUCAGGAAUACGAGACCAGAAGAAAGAAGAAAAGAACCCGCUACAAAAUGGAAAAUCCAUGCCAGCGCCAGUACAAGCAAUGUCUCAGGAAGCCGUAUAUCAACAUAAAUAACUACACCAUCCAUCCACUAGUCGCAACUGAAAAUCUCACAAGAAUCAUAUCAAGGUGAAGGUCUUGAGCGAAGAAACAGGAGCCUGGGAAAUGAUCUGAUCCC